CAGUUGUCUUUUAAUCAUUAUUUUAAUCAUCAUUUGUAUCUUUCAACAAACGUCAUAUAUGUCUUAUACGAUACUCGUCCAAUCCUAAUAAUAAGUUUCGAUUGUCGAAAUCGCGUGUUGACAGGUUUUCAAGUAUCAUAGUUAAACGGAUUUUGUUUUGUGUCUAUUCAAUUGCAUUAUUAUCAUUUCGUUAUAUUUUCAUCUUCUUUGUUGCAAUGUAUUAUACUUUCGAGAUAAUAUCAUUAGAACAUCAUAACCGUUAACCGCCAAAAUGCAUAUUUAGAUCAUCUUUGUGCAAUGCUUUUUUUCAAGUGUGAUGGUACAUACGUCAUUACAAGGGGAGUACUUUUCCCAUUCACGUUCAAUGAUUCACUAAAAAAGUCUUACGUUCGUGACAUUCAGAGUGACGUUUUACGUUUAUAUCACUUUAUAUUUUAAUUUCACGUUCGAUAUCGUGCGUGAAUAUAAUAUCUAUUUAAGGUCAAAAAUUAUAGAAUAUUUAUAAUUAUUACUUUACAAGUACAUAAUGGCUUCUCGUAAGAAACUGUUGCUUAAGGUUAUUAUCCUUGGAGAUUCAGGAGUUGGUAAAACUUCUCUUAUGAAUCAGUAUGUAAGCAAAAAGUUUAGUAAUCAGUAUAAAGCUACCAUAGGUGCAGAUUUCCUUUCCAAAGAAGUAAGGGUAGAUGAUAGGAUAGUUACGAUGCAGAUUUGGGAUACAGCGGGUCAAGAAAGGUUUCAGUCUUUAGGUGUUGCUUUCUACAGAGGCGCCGAUUGUUGCGUACUUGUGUUUGAUGUUUCUGCACCGAGUAGCUUUAAAUCAUUAGACUCAUGGAGGGAUGAAUUCCUAAUCCAAGCCUCUCCUCGGGAUCAAGAUAAUUUUCCAUUUGUUGUGCUUGGAAAUAAAGUUGAUUUAGAAUCCAGAGCGGUUUCUAGUAAGAGAGCACAGCAGUGGUGUCAAUCAAAAAAUAAUAUUCCAUAUUUUGAAACCAGUGCUAAAGAGGCCAUCAAUGUUGAACAAGCCUUCCAAGCAAUAGCGAAAAAUGCUUUAGCACAGGAGAGUGAGGUGGAAUUGUACAAUGAAUUCCCAGACCAAAUCAAAUUGACUAAUGACCAAAGAAGCAAUGGAAAGGGUGAUUCUUGUGCCUGCUAGGCCGUGGAAUGGUGAAAAUUUCGGAUAAGCACAUAGAUGCACAGGUCAGAUCGUACAUUCGCGUACCUGCGCAUUUUGAGAAAUCGAGCUUGAUGUGUUUUAGAAGUCCUAAGUAUGCACCUUGGUUUUGUUCAUUCAAAUUUCAUUUGAAAUAAUUCUGAAGCAUUCGUUCUCUAGACUUUCUAUUAUUGGAAUCAUAUGAAAAUAUGAGGUUUAUCAUCAAUGCAUUUUAAACAAUAAAAUUAUAAAGUUUUCUACCAAGGAGCAUUCGUCUGGCUUCCUUACAUGAGAGACUAUGUUGUAUUUUAUAUCGUGUAUUUGUGCUAUACUUGACUCAACAAAUGGAUGUUUGGUUAGCCAAGCAAUAUGUUCAACACAUUUCUGAAGAUUCUAAUGCUCUCUUAUCGGGUAUGGCGAAUAAUAUGAGCUACCCUUUUGAAUUGCAUCUUUAUGACUGUUAAUGUCUAUCAUUGUGGGUUGAUGCUAAAAAUGUUUUCAAAUCACGUACACAUUGUAUCAGGAAGAAAAUUCACGGGUCCGGAGCACACCUAGCAUAAUAAUUAGAUCGUCGCAAGUUUGCUCAUGAUUCAUUAAGUACAAUCGCAUUUACUGAGAAACUCUAGAAAACAUUUGUGGGUAGAAUGGUUUAAUUAUCACUGGGAGUGUAGCUUCUUAUCAAAUUGAAAUUGUUCAUAAUUCAAUGUUACCGAUAUGUAAACAGAAUAACGAUACAGAUAAUUUUGUGAGGGAAAGUUUUUAUCAAAAUUGUGUGAUUAUUUAACCAUCUCCGAAUUUUUGUCUUUUUUUUCUACUCGAUUUAACGCUCGAAAUGCUAUAAAUUUUCAGAAACGUGUACAGUGAUUGCGUAACUCUGAAUGACAGUAAAUUUGUGUAAAAACAUCACAAUAUCCGUCGCGAUGUUUCACGACGGUCUUUAUCUCAAAAGGCUAGUGCGUUUUCGAGGAGAAAAUUCCUUUUUUUAAAACCAACUUAGUAGUUGGGUAAUUUGUUAUUCGAUAUUCUCGAUGCGCCCACAAUAUUCGCAUAUUAGUAUCUUCACGCGUCUUUAAAUUCCUUCCCGAAGUGAGAGUUCUGAACCGCGAUGCAAUAACAUUUAUGAAAACUUACUUGUAUACAAUUUUACCAGGUGCAAUUGUAACAUUUAAAAAGAAAAAUGUGUU